AUGGCUCAACAUCCCAAGAUUCCCAACAAAGAGAUAAAGCCCUUCUCAUGUGGGCUUGCGAUUCUCUCUGUCUAUGACGAUGGAUCUGUCUUAAGCCCAGAGGUGCUCAACCUCACGGAGGAUGACCUCGUUGACAAGUUUGCAGCUGGUGUUUCUAUGGUUGCUUCGCUAUCCGUCGCUCUCUCUUACCCAACUCUUGCAGCGGCGCUUCACAUGUUCAUCAAUACCUACAAGAACGUCCUUGCUGUUGCUGUCUUCUCUAUUGCAUCUGUCAAGAAGGCUGUUGCUCUUGCCUCUAAGGAAGAAAGGACGAGCCUGUCGGCGAGUCUAACGAUGACUUGGGAUUUAGUUGUUUGA